AGUCCUGGUCAUGCUUAUGUCGGAUUCGUUGGAAUUGAAAAUGAUUAUUAGGAUUGCUGCUGCCAGUACUGCGAAUACAAUUAGUAUAAUAGUUUCCGAUGUCGUGGUUAAAAAUAUGCCGUCUCCUGGUAUGCUAGUUACGGUAGUUAAAACUGAUGCUGUUGUUGAUAUGUCUGCUGUUGUGGUGAUUAUUUGUGCACUUGGUGUCGUAGUUGUGAAAAAUGUAACGAUCCUAGUUAUAGUGGGUACUGAUUCUACGAUCACACUCAUCUAUAAUAUCUCCCUACAGUAUGUGAAGGUUGCAAAAAGUAUAAUUAUGAGUGUCGCGGAUAUCGUGAUGACUGCAACAAAUUGGGUAUUAG